AAAAACCUAUACUACUGUCCCUUUUUUUUUUUUUUAUUCUGCUUUCUCUUAACAAUGGCUACUGUACAAAGACGUAAACCACAAAAAGACGAUCAUACUGAACAUCAACAAAAUAAUACAACAACAAAAAAUGAAACUACACAACCAUUGACUAUUGGAAAGAUAAUGAAAACAGGAUUAACAAUUAUAAUUUGGUCCUUGACUUUCUUCUUUCUUGCUUCUUACUUGUUGACCGAAAGUUGGACUUGGGGAUAUAGAGGCAAAUGGACUAAUCCUCGUACUUAUUUUCCUGCAAAACAACAAGUAUUUACUGAAAAAGAGCUAUUACAAUAUGAUGGUAGUAACCCAAAUCUUCCUAUCUAUUUGGCUAUUGAUGGUGAUGUAUUUGAUGUGACUGAAGGACGUGGUUGGUAUGGACACGGCGGAUCUUAUGGUCAUUUUUCUGGAAAAGAUGCUGCUAGAGCUUAUGUUACUGGAUGCUUUGAAGACCAUUUGACUCAUGAUCUUCGAGGAUUGUCACCGGCACAAUUGAAAGGCGUUGAUCAUUGGAAAUCGUUCUACGCAAAUCACCAUAAAUACCACAAAAUUGGCACUGUGAUUCACCCACCUAUUGAUCCCAGUACUCCUAUUCCCGCUCCAUGUCGUCAAGCAGUUGGACAAAAACCAUGAAACACGAUUUUUUUUUUGAAACACUAUUUACUUUUAGUCUAAUGUUUGGUUUAGUUUAGUUGUUUAUUGUUUACUUUUGUACUUGGUAUAAAUAAAGCCAUUUUUCUUCUUAA